AUGGGAAAAAUGUCCCAGGUUUCCAUUACAAGCAAAAUGAGUUGUAAUAAACGAAAUAUAGGAAAUUCAUCUAAAAGAACUCAAAAGAAAAAAAUGAGAAAUAAAAGAAAAACAAACAAGAAAAUCAAGAAGCUAUUUGAUAAUUUAAGACGAGACUCAAAUUCUCAGGGAAGUGUUGGUACAGUUAAUAAUGAAACAAAUUCUUCACAUGGAAGUAUUAAUACAGUUAUAGAAAUUGUUAAUUGUAUUGAUGGUCCAAAAGAAGAUAAACAAAAACCAGCCAUAAUUGAAACUAUUAACAAAACUCCUAGUAAAGCUCAAAUAUGUAGAUCAGAUUUAAACAUAUGCCCAUUACAAUGCUCAACACCAAAAAAUAAUAUAGUUAACCACAAUGAAAAUAUAGCUAACUUUCAUUCAGAUGUUUUAAAUUUAACUAAACAAAUAAAUGAUGAUUCCUAUGUAACUAUAGACUUAACAGAAAAUAGCACUAUAGAUGCUACUCAACCUACAAUUAUUGAUUUAGUAGAUGAUGCAAAGUCUAUAGACUCAAAUAUAUCUAUGAGUGGAGACUCAGAGGUGACUGUGGUGAAUGUAAUAUCUAGAAAAAGAAAUAAGAUGAAGAAAUUUGUUGAUGGCAUUGAGAAAAUGGAUUCGUCUGCUAAAGGAAAACUGUUAAAAUUCAUUGCUCAGAAGAUCUUUAGUGGCUGUGAUGGACCAAAGAGUUUACAUAGUAUUAGGAAUGGAAUUAAUGAUUCAAUUCAAUCAGCAGAAGAUGCUUUCAUUAAAGAAGUAAUACUUCAUCAGGCUCCGUCCAGAAAUAGUAUUGGCAGUAACAUUUAUAAUCCUAGAAAAGAUAUUAAGAAUAAAACAGGUCUGCGUAUGAUUGUUAUAGAUGGAAGUAAUGUUGCUAUGCAACACACAAAGGGUAGAGUAUUUUCUGUAGAAGGGCUUAAAAUAUGUAUUGACUACUUUAUUAGACGGGGACAUAUUGUCAAGUCGUUUGUGCCACAUUUUAGAUGUAAGCAAGGCAAAAGUACAGACGGUAGAUUAUUGGAUCAGAUGGAGAGACAGGGUUAUGUGGUGUAUACGCCUUCUCGGGAAAUACAGGGACGGAUGAUCACGUCAUAUGAUGAUAGAUACAUAGUGCAAUGUGCCGCAGAAUUUGACGGCGUUAUUGUUUCUACAGACAAUUAUAGAGACCUAAUGUCAGAAAAUCCAAGAUGGCGAUAUAUCAUAGAGAAUAGACUUUUACAGUUCACGUGGGUUGACGACAUGAUAAUGUUUCCCAAGGAUCCUUUAGGCAGAAACGGGCCAACAUUGGAAAAGUUUUUACGACAUCCGUUACCAAUUGAAAUAAAUUAA